AGCGGCACGCCCUAGUCAUAUUGACGAUCCAAACUUUAUAAACAUCCGGACUUUGUAUCAGAGUCAACUUUCCACGUGCAACAAACCGAAACCUUCUAUUUACCGCCUGCGACUGCUGCCAGUCUACCGCGCAAUGGCAACACCCACUGCGACCCAGCAAAAGCCCAUUCACUCGCUUAUCUUGGAUACGGGUCCAUUGAUCAAGAACACAGUCUCGAUCUCUACCAUUAUCAACGCCGCGGAAGAACUAUGGACUACUCCUGCUAUUCUCUCCGAAAUCCGCGAUGAAGCCACACGGUCACGUGUACAAACAACAUUGAUUCCAUUUCUGAAGAUAAGGAACCCUCAGCCGGCAAGCUACGAUGCAGUCAUUGCGUUCAGUAAGAAGACAGGUGAUCAUGCGGUACUCAGUAGACAGGAUUUAGGUAUCCUAGCCCUGGCUUACGAAGUGCAUUGUGAGAGGAAUGGUGGCGACUGGGGCCUGAGAGAAAUACCAAAAGGCGAGAUAAAGAGGAGGCCUGGGGACACUGAGCAGUCGAACGAGGAGAAAUCGCAGAAUGGAGGCCUUUCAACCUCAACAAGCAAGCGCAAGAACAGGCGAAGGGCAGCCAAGGCAGCCAACAAGACUACCGAAGAUACCGCUGAAGAUGUGACGGAAGGCGUACAAAUCGAUUCCGGAUCCGUCGAACCAGAGGAUAUUGAUGAGGGCUGGGAGCAGCCUACAGGCAAGCGGGCGGCGAAGGCCAGAGCGCCCAAAUCUACCAAGUUCAACUUCAAGCCCGCAGCAGAGUUAGACAGCAGCCCGCAACAGGCCAAGGACUCGGAGGAGCAGACCGCCCAAGCCGAGGUAGACGAAGAGGAAGGUGGAAUAGCUGUCACUCAAGAGCAGGUCGAGGAGCAAAUACAUGAGCAGGUUGUUGCCCAGAUUCAGGAUCAGGUUCACGACCAGGUGCAAGACCAGAUUCACGAGCAGCUUGAGAAACAGGACAAAGGAGAGCUCGAGUCUCAAGCUGUAGAGCAGGCAGAGGAAAAGAUUGAAGAGCAGGUCCAAGAACAGCUUCAGGACCAGCUUCAAGGGCAGGCUGGUGAACAGGGGCAAAUCGAGCAAUCGGCGGCGGUUGAGGUACCCACCACCAACAUCCACAUCGAGCAGAAGGCAGAACUCUCACUCGAGCCUGAAACUUCUGGACAGCAGGAUCUACCAACUCAACAAGUCAGCUCUGACGAAUCAAAACUGGCGCAGGAGCUGGAGGACCUCUCCAUAUCCCAUCACGCCACUCAACAACCUACGCCCCCUAUGACUGACGAUUCAGCUGUGGAAUCUGACUCUGAUGGCGACUGGAUUACCCCACAGAACCUUACAGAGCACCAAGCCAAAGACGGAGCCAUCCAACCGCAAAUUCGCACAACAGCCAAUCGCCAGCUGGACGUAGCAACCAUGACUAUCGAUUUUGCGAUGCAAAACGUGUUGCUCCAGAUGAAUCUUCAGCUUCUCUCCACAAACAUGCAACGCAUCAAGAACGUCAACACCAAGGUUCUACGAUGCCACGCAUGUUUCAACAUCGUCAAGCAGAUGGACAAGCAAUUCUGCCCCCGCUGUGGUCAAGCAACUUUACAACGGGUUUCCUGCUCUACAAACGCCGCUGGAGAGUUCAAGAUCCACUUAGCCAAGAACUACCAGUACAACAAGCGUGGCGAUAAAUACAGCAUCCCCAAGCCCAUCGCCGGUACUGCAAACACAAAGUGGAGUCAUGGUCAGGGAGGAGGGAAAGGCGGCUGGGGUCGAGAUCUCAUCCUUGCUGAAGAUCAGAAGGAAUACACGAGGCGCGCUGAAGAGGACAAAAGGACCAGGACGAGGGAUCUCAUGGAUGACAACUACCUGCCGGGCAUUCUCACAGGCGAUCGGGGCAGAGCCGGUGGCAGAGUCAAGGUAGGCGCAGGCAAGAACGUCAAUGCGAAGAAGAGGACGUAGGAUGAUGUCGUGGCUGCCACUGAGCCAAAGCAGUUGGGGGCAUGCAGAAUUUUGGUCAGGUGGACUCGGAUGAUCUGAUGUGGUGGUGAAAGCCAUCGGGUUAUCCGGCUUGCUGGGUUUAGGGCGUAAAGGUUCAUGGCGAAUGGUGUUGAGCCACGCUUGGUUGAUCAUCGGAAGAUAUGUCCCAGACAGACACAUGAUAUCCUAAAAGUUUCUAUUUGUCCUCCUCAGUUAUUGAGGAGAUAGCCCCUUGCCGCCUCGCUCCACCUGUCCUAUUCGCUUGCAGAUAAUCCAAUGUCUGACGACUGCAUGGCAACAUGACC